AUGGCCGACCAGGACUUACCUCCUCAGACAUUGGCCGGUAAAACCACCAUAGUCACCGGAUCCGCACGAGGCUUAGGUGCUGAAAUGGCGUUCGACCUGGCGAUACGAGGGGCACAGGUGAGGAUUGCCAAGCGCGCUGAUCUGGGGUCACUGCCCAAGGUAGUCGUGGUGUACACAUCGGUGUCAUCCACGGAGAAGGCAGAAAAGCUCGUCGAGGAUAUCAACGCGUUGCCCAACGCCUCUGCAGCCAUCAGUGUGCGUGCCAACCUUGGAGAGGUAUCGGCUCCCAGAGACAUCAUCGAUGCCACGAUCGGCGCCUUUGGCAAGGACAUCCACAUUCUCGUCAACAACGCCGCCGUCCAGAUCACGCGGCCCCUGUCUGAGAUUUCCCACAAGGACUACGACGACGUGUACAACGUCAAUGUGCGAGGCGUCAUCCUCAUGACCCAGGCGACGUUGAAGCACAUGCCACCGAAAUCGCGCAUCAUCAACAUCUCUUCCGUGGGCGGGCGAUCCGGAUUCCCGAGCCUCUCGUUGUACACGUCUUCGAAAGCGGCUCUCGAGGGCUUGACUCGUUCUUGGGCCGCUGAAUUGGGGUCCAAUGGGACAACCGUCAACGCUGUGGCUCCGGGGCCUGUACAGAGCGAGAUGCUGGAUUCGAUUCCAAAGGAGAUCGUACAGAUGCAGAAGGAGAGCACACCGGUAGAAAAGCGAGUCGGGAUGCCCUAUGAAGUGAGCAACGUAGUCUCUUGGCUGGCAAGCGAGGAAAGUGCGUGGAUCAGUGGUCAGACACUCAAUGUCAGUGGUGGCUGGACUAUGUAUUAA